UAGCUCACAGGUACAGUAGCUGUUAGCGAGCUAGCAUAUGUCUACGAGCCGGCUCGGGCUUAAUGACUGAUGACAGACGCCGCACACACCGUGGCUGGCGUCCAGCAUCGACGGGCAGUUAGCAGCCACUGGCCUCGUUGGGAAAAGUUGGCCGGACAGCACAAUGGAACUGAACAACAUCCGACGCGUGUCCUCUGCCGGCUACCGGUUACCGGAACGAUCCAACGGAACCAGGCCUGUAAAAUCUCAGCCAACCGCAGACAGGACGCGCCACAACAAAGCAAAAACUGUGUCCAUGGAACAGGAUCUUGAUAAAAUAGAUUCCGUUAAACAGGACCAGAUGUGGAAAGAGUUGGUUUGGAAUGAGAGGAGAGGAAUCCGGGAAUGGGAGAAGAACUGGAACUUCUUGAUGAACUAUGAUCAGAUGGGACAGCUGAAGUCGGUGGAGCCUCUACCCAGCUAUGUGCCACUUUACUCUGAUCGCAUCCCCAACACCACCAGCCAGGUGUUUGGCAGCCGACUGUCAACCCCAUUGGGAAGUGAACUGGUCAGGCUGGACAGGCUCUUACUGUUGUCUGGAGGCCAUCAUAAGCGUAGGCAGGACCCAGACAUGCUGCCCUGUUAGGCCGCUCUGAAGAUGUGUACAGUACAUGGAACCUCACAUGGAGCUCUGCACCUCGGACUGGUUUGGUAACCGAUUAGUCGCUAAGAUAAUGAUAGUUGUGAUAACAGUGAGACAUAGACAUAUGAUCUGUCAAACACUAUACCAAUAUCAAAUGUCACCUAUAAACACACAAGUAGAACAGACUUACUGUAUGUUGCCUAUUUUUAGUUUUGUAAUUAAAUGUGAAAAUUAAGCCUUACAUAUAUUACAAAGGAAACUUGAAGCUAUUGUUUUGUGGUAAAGCCAUGAGCUGAAUCUUUGUUAAUGUUAAGUGCCUCAUGUGAGUCUCAGGUUUUUUACUGAUUUGCUGUGUAAUGGUGUCAUUCAGUGGGCGAUGCUGUAAAUCACUGCCCCUUUGUCUUACAGUAGCUAAGGUGCAACCAUUGGGCUGAAAAUUAAAUAAAAAGGGUAACGGAUUGCAUGAUCUUGUAUGAUAUGUUGCUACAUUAUAAUCAAAAGCAACUAAUUAGGUACACAGAAAUUAAGCAAAACAAACAGCUGUACCUCCGCAGACAAUUCUUCAUUAUACUGUCGUUUAAAAAUGUAAAUACAAGAACUUGAAUACAAAUAAAAAGUUUACUGCUGAAAAUAAGCAAAACUGCUCAGAU